GACUGGAGAAGGCAUGAUCUGAAGAAGCCAAGUUCCCCGGACAAGACAGGAAGCAGCAGCUUCCAGCUCCUUUUUGGGGGGCUUCCUGAUGUGAACGUCCCCCCGAGAAAGUAACUCUACGAGAAGGAUCACGGGUAUCCCACAAGUUCAAAACUCCAAACAAACGAGAAAGGGGACCAACUCUGCUUGUGAAACCAAAUCCCUCUGUACUUUGUGGACUUGCAUGAUGACUUAGAUGAUUAUGGAUUUGAAGACUAUGGCCCAGAUCGUGACAGCAUGAGGGUAACGGCCUUUCUGGACAUCCCAGGCCAGGAAAACCUGCCUCCACUCGCUUGCCUGGAGAAGUACGCUUUCAGUGAGAACAUCUUCAACCGUCAUAUUGUUGCCAGAGGGCUGCUCGAUGUCCUCCGGGACUUCAGUAACAAUGAGGAGGACUUCUUAACAGUAAUGGAGAUCGUGGUCCGAUUGGCAGAAGACGCAGAGCCCACGGUGCGGACCGAGCUGAUGGAGCAGAUUCCUCCUAUUGCUGUUUUUUUACAAGAAAGCAGAUCAGAUUUUCCAGUGGUGCUCUCUGAGUAUCUCACCCCGAUUGUAGUGAGGUACCUCACGGAUCCCAACAACCAGGUUAGAAAAUCAAGUCAGGAAGUGCUCUUGAUUCUUCUGGAACAAGAUCUAAUUUCCCAGCACGAUAUUGAAAACAAAGUGUGUCCAGUCCUGCUGGCGCUCUCUGCCCCGGAUGGUGAUGAUGAGUAUAAGGCAGAAGCUGCGAACCUAAUCUGCAAACUGGUUUCCGUGCUGAGUAAGAGCACCGUCGAACACCUGCUGCUCCCUCGAUUCUGCGAAUUGUGUGGUGACGGGAAGUUCUUUCAAGUUCGGAAGGUGUGUGCUACAAAUUUUGGUGAUAUUUGUCAUGCCGUUGGACAAGAAGCCACUGAGAAAUUUUUGAUCCCAAAGUUUUUUGAGCUCUGCUCAGACAGUGUUUGGGGGAUGCGAAAAGCCUGCGCAGAGUGCUUCAUGGCGGUGUCCUACAGCGUGUCCCCCGAGGUCCGCAGAGCCCAGCUGUCACCCCUAUUCAUCAAGCUUAUCAGCGACCCCUGCCGAUGGGUGCGCCAGGCCGCCUUCCAGUCCCUGGGCCCCUUCAUUUCCACCUUCGCAAAUCCCUCCAGGGCCGGCCUCUGUAUUCGAGAAGAUGGCACCCUGAGCAUCCGACCACCGGCUCAGGAUUUGGACUCUGAUCUCCCCUCCGGGGCCCCCUGUGCGGGCAGUUCUGGCAACACUUUCUCAGCCUGUUCCGCGAAGCCGGUGCGUACGGAGCCAGACCUGCCCACAGGAGGCACGCCAGUGGAAACCGGUGAUUUCCAUCGGGUCGCUAGCUCGGAUGGCCUCAAGGCAGACUCAGUAGAAGACUCUGCCUUGGCUGGAGCCGAGUUGACCAGGCUUUCCCCGGCGACCAGUGCCUCCUUGAAGCUCCCUGCUGGGAGUGACCUCCCCAUCCACAGCCUCCCUGGACCAGGCUCCUCUACCUGCCCAGAGGGUCCUGAGGAUGUAUUCAGUAAUUUCUUUUAUUGGCGAACUCCUCUCCCUGACAUAAGCAAGGACCUAGAGCUGCUUCUGAGUGAGGCUGGGCCCCAGGAGGAGGGCUGUAGCAGGCCCAAGACUGUGCAGCACAGCUGCGUGGCCAGGAGCGAGAUUCAGAAAGUCCUUGAUAGUUUGCAGGAGCAUCUGAUGAAUGAUCCAGAUGUUCAAGCUCAGGUCCAGGUCUUAUCAGCUGCUCUGAGAGCCGCACAGCUUGACUCUGUGAAUGAGCCCGAGCACCAGGGGACGGAAGGUCAGAACGAGGGGUCCGUUUCAGCUCCCAGCCCUGCGCCUGACAGUCCCAUGGCUCUCUCGGCUUCCUCAGCACAGAAGGAGCCCUCUGAGCCCAGGAUAUUACGAAGCACAGACCCCGGCCGACCCUGCGGUGGAGCUGUUGACAGUCUGGAGACGGAGCAGAGGCAUCUCCCCGCCCCAAUUAAGGAGAAGAAGUCUAAAUUACAGGACAUAAUACCUCAGCCCCUGCUAGAUCAGUACGUGUCGAUGACCGACCCCGCUCGCGCCCAGACUGUCGAUACUGACAUCGCCAAACACUGCGCCUACAGCCUCCCGGGGGUGGCACUCACCCUGGGCAGGCAAAAUUGGCACUGCCUGAGAGACACGUACGAAGCGCUGGCUUCCGAUGUGCAGUGGAAAGUGCGUCGGACCCUGGCCUUCUCCAUCCACGAGCUGGCUGUGAUUCUCGGGGACCAGCUCACAGCUGCUGACCUGGUGCCCGUCUUCAAUGGAUUUUUAAAGGACCUGGAUGAAGUACGAAUAGGAAUUCUUAAACACCUGUAUGAUUUUCUGAAGUUGCUUCACGAAGACAAGAGGAGAGAAUAUCUUUAUCAGCUUCAAGAAUUUGUAGUGACCGAUAACAGCAGGAAUUGGAGGUUUCGAUAUGAACUAGCAGAACAGCUGAUACUCAUUUUGGAGCUCUAUAAUCCCAAUGAUGUUCAUGAUUACUUAAUGCAUAUUGCCUUAAAGUUGUGUGCAGAUAAAGUUUCUGAAGUUCGGUGGAUCUCCUUCAAACUAGUUGUGGCCAUUUUACAGAAGUUUUCCUCCCACAGUGAGAGCGCACUGGGCUUAAGUGUCAUCAGUGAGCUCGUCAUCAGGUUCCGGCACUGCGCGAAGUGGGUGGGAAGGCAAGCUUUCGCUUUCAUUUGUCAGGACUCACCAGGGCCCCCUGUCGGGCUGGCCGGGCAUCACAGGGUAUUUUGGCCCUCUGCUUUGAACCGGCAGUGGGUGGCGGGUGAAAUGCCAAAUUCCCAGACCACAGGCCUCCCAUCACAGACUUCUGUAAGGAAGACGCCAGUCCAGUCAUUUUGUGGAGAAAGGGGCGGUGGUGGACGAGGAGUGCAUCCCCGUGGAGCAGUUUGUCGAACACUUGCUCCCCAGCCUCCUGAGCCUGGCCUCCGAUCCGGUGCCGAACGUGAGGGUUCUGCUGGCCAAAGCUCUGCGGCAGACGCUGCUGGAAAAGGCGUACUUGAGAAAUGCCGGUAACCCUCAUCUUCAAGUCGUUGAGGAGACUGUCCUGGCCCUGCAGUCCGACCGGGACCCGGAUGUGUCCUUUUUUGCCACCCUGGAACCCAAGCGUCGGGGCACCGCAGACGUGCGACUGCUGGAGGAACGGAAUUAACCGCCCUGGGCUCCCACGCACCCCAGGCCCACCGCACGUGGGCGCAGACCACUCGCCCCCGCUUGUCAGGGGUCUCACCAUGUCAUACCUUCUGAAACUUUGAGGACAGGCACUCAAAUGACCUCUUUCCCAUGUGCAGCCCCAGGGACUGCCCCGGGAACGGGCACCACCCUCUGCACCCCUGGCUGCUGACCUGGAAGCCUGCGACCGAGUUGUAGGACCAGGUGGCAGCUGGGCACAGGGGUCCAGAUCGCCUUCUCCAUGACAGACCGACUAUAAUUUAAAGCCCCCUCCUCCUAAAAUAAAGUAGUUUAUUAGAAGCUUUUAAGUCUUUCAGAGACUUGCAUAUUUGGCUUCCCUCAUGCUUUCCUGUAAAAUAUAGUUUAUGGUAUUGACAUUUUAUUUUUAACAAAUAAUGUACAUAUGUAAAUAACUCUUGACAGGAAGAAAAUAUACUAACGUAAUAUCAGCCUCCUAUCAGUGAACAGAACAAAUACAUCAUUUAAAUUUAUGCUCCACUUGGAGUUGCUGCAAAUAUAGCCCGAUUUGUUUACUUUUGAAAAAUGUGAUAGUUAAGGAAAUCUGCUGAAGAAUGAUUUAUGGAAGUCUUUCUAAUAUUGUACUUUUGUGUAAACUGUACUUGGAAAUUUUCCUCAGGCACUUAUCCCUCCCCUUCUUGAGGUGACUGUAUCCGUAAAGAUCCGUACAGGCCUUUGACAGAGGCAGAAAGAAAGAUUUUUCAUUCUUACGUGUAUUUAUUAUCCUACAUUUAAGAAUGCGGGAGGGAAAUUGAUCAUUGAGAUGCAGGAUAUUGACUUUACAGCUAGCUGAUGCUUCAGGAUCUUUAGCAGAGACUAGGAACCCGCAGUCCCGAUCAGUCCAUACACUUGCCAGGGAUUUGGGGUUAAAUUAUGGUGUUUCAGAUUUCAUUCUUCUAAAAUUUAGACCAAGAUGCUCUAGAACUUAAAUGGUUUUCAUGAAUAACUUGAGAUUCUAUAAACGUUUCAUUAAAUUCUGUAUAAUGUGUAGGCUCACGUUAUUUUUCUUGCUUCUAUUUUUAAUCUUGAAAGCAGGCACAAAGGAAGGAAGGAGUGGCCCAUUUGGGGUUCAAGAGCUGGCUGCAAAGGGCAUGUUGCUAUUGCUGUGCUUUCCUUGGAUCUUUUUCUUGUCCGUCUUUUCUUUCUCCCUUUUCUUAAAAAUAAAAUUUCUGGAGCUAUAUAUUGAA